CAGAACACAACGACAUGGUCACUGUGCUGUCCAAAACUGAAUCAGAAAGCUGGUUAAUUAUUCUGACAAAGAUUUCCUCCUGCCUGUGGAGAAUUUGAACCGAUCCUCCUAAAAGCUGGGAGGGAAAGGAGACAGCUAAAUUAUCAAGAACUCAAAUGGAAAGAAGGCACAAAGAGAAUGCCCCGGUACUCAGAAGGCAAGUACUGCUCCUGUCUUUGUUGUCUUUGUGUUGCUGGUCUGCUUCAGAGCAGAUUCAGUAUUCAGUGCCUGAAGAGAUGCCAAAGGGUUCUGUUGUGGGGAAUCUCAUCAAGGAUUUGGGUCUGAAUGCCAGAGAAUUGUCUAAGCAUAAUCUGCAUGCUGUCUCUGUGACCAAGAUGCAAUAUUUCAGCAUCAGUGCAGAGAAUGGAAACCUCUACGUAAAUGACAGAAUAGACAGGGAAGGGAUUUGUGACACAACUUCAGUUUGCCUUGUUAAUUUUGAGGCAGUGAUGGAAAACCCACUGAACAUUUUCCACAUAACUGUUACAAUUCAGGACAUUAAUGAUAAUGCACCACAGUUUCUCAAUGACAACAUACAUUUGGAGACAAGUGAGCUAACAUUACCAGGCACCAGAUUUCUCCUAGGGAAAGCUGAGGACCCUGACAUUGGGAUGAAUUCGCUGCAGAAUUAUGACCUCAGUCCCAAUCAGUACUUCAUGCUGGAAGUUAGAAAAAGAGAAGAUGGAAACAAAUAUGCAGAACUAGUGCUCAGUAAACCACUAGAUCGUGAACAGGAGCAAACCCUUCACUUCAUACUGACAGCCCUGGAUGGGGGUGAACCUAGGAGAACGGGGACUGCCCAUAUAUGGGUUAAUGUCACUGAUGCCAAUGACAACCCACCUAUCUUCACACAAGACAUCUACAAGGUUAGUUUACCAGAGAAGACACCUGUUGGGUCUCUUGUACUCCAGGUUGUAGCUUCCGAUAAUGAUGAAGGUUCUUAUGCCCAGAUAGGAUACCAUUUCAGCAAUCUACCAGCAAAUAGUCGCAAGCUAUUCAGCUUGGAUCCAAUCAAAGGCACUAUCUCUCUGCAGAGUACCUUAGACUUUGAGGAAACCAAAGAGUAUACCAUGACAGUGGCAGCAAAAGAUGGAGGGGGAUUGGUGACCCACUGCAACAUUGAAAUAAGGGUCCUUGAUGAGAAUGACAACUCCCCAGAAGUGACCCUGGUUUCCUUAUUCAGCCCAGUUCCUGAGGAUUCGUUUCCAGGAACCUUAAUUGCUCUGAUCAAUGUAAAUGACAGAGAUACAGGUGAUAACGGAAAGGUUACUUGCAGUUUACAAGAUCAUUUGCCCUUCAAAAUUCUGGCCUCUUCUAAUAAUUACUACAAGAUCCAAACUGACGGCCCCUUAGAUCGAGAAAAAUCCUCGGAAUAUAAUAUUACAAUCACAGCCACUGACAAAGGGAAUCCCCCUCUGUCAACACAUAAAACCAUCUCAUUGCUUAUUUCUGAUAUCAAUGACAAUUACCCUUCUUUUGAGAAAUCUUCCUAUACCGUAUAUGUACCAGAAAACAAUCCUUCAGGUGCUUCCAUAUUCACAGUCAAAGCCUUGGACCCAGACAUGGACCAAAAUGCACGUAUCACAUAUUCCAUCCUCCACAGCAACAUCAAGGAGCUCCCCAUCUCUUCGUAUAUCUCCAUUAACUCUGAGACUGGAGCUCUGUAUGCCCAGAGGUCCUUUGACUAUGAACAAUUCCGAGAGUUCCAGCUUCAAGUGAAGGCCCAAGAUGGUGGUUCUCCCCCUCUCAGCAGCAAUGUCUCCUGGUGA